AUGACUUCUGUAGAACAUCAGAGGAGGUUAAACCCGAAUCUAAAAGAUGUUGUCAAGAAAGAGAUAAUGAAACUUCUAGAUGCUGGUGUAAUUUAUGCUAUAUCUGAUAGUAAGUGGGUCAGUCCUGUGCAUGUAGUUCCUAAGAAAGGUGGUAUAACUGUUGUUAAGAAUGAUAGGAAUGAGCUGAUACCCACUAGAACUGUCACUGGUCAUCGCAUGUGCAUUGAUUACCGCAAACUGAAUGCUGCAACUCGCAAAGAUCAUUUUCCUCUCCCAUUUAUUGAUCAAAUGCUUGAGAGAUUGGCUAACCAUCCAUACUACUGCUUUUUAGAUGGUUACUCAGGUUUCUUUCAGAUCCCCAUCCACCCAGACGACCAGGAGAAGACGACAUUCACAUGUCCAUAUGGCACUUAUGCAUAUCGCAGAAUGCCGUUUGGAUGUGCAAUGCACCGGCGACGUUCCAGCGCUGCAUGUGAUACCCCGUAUCAAGACCUAAAACAUCCCAAAGGCCGGGAUGGGAAGAUCAACACUCUUGGAUUGGAAGACAAAGACAUGGGAUCUAAUACAGAGAUCACAACGAAGACUUGGAUCAAGACAUGA